GCUCCCUUUUUUGAACAGACAACUAAAGGCUGGUCAAUGAGAUUUUUUUUCCCUCACUAUAUAAUGUUCUAUUUGUCUACUGCACCAACGAAGUUUAAUCCUUUUGGGUAUAUUGUACAAGGUACCUGUUAAAUAGACGUGAAGGCCAUUGGACAAGAAAAUCAUAUUCUUUCUUUUUUUUUGUUGUUGUUCGUAUGCAUGCUUAAAAAAGGGUCCUAAUGACGCUCACUCUGCAUCCAUGUGCACAGACACAAUUCUUGACAGCGUUUUAUUGUAUCUAUUGUCACCUGACGUGGCGAUGUUCUCUCUUGAUUUUGAUCAACAUGGGUCUGGGUCUUAUACAGCGAUACGUAUUCCCGCUUCUUACUUUCCUUUUCUUUUGCUCCCCCUUUUUUUCCGCCUCUGGAAAGAGUAUCUUUUGUUAGUUUAUUUUUAGUUCAUGCAACAGUUGCUGC